GUCUUCGCUCUCUGCUGCCCUGCGCAUUCCUCCUUCGUAUCCUCGGGAAUGGCUUCCAAAUUUUUUCCUGCUGUGCCUCGCGCCGGCCGCCAAUUAAUCCCCCACGUUCCCAAGCCCCAAUGCAGACUGUUUUCGGCUGGCCCGCAACGGUUCAGCGAGAGUCUGGCCGUGCACCGCAAUUCCCCCACCAACAACCCGUCCAUCCCCUUCAAGUUCUCCGAGCAGAACCUCAAACUCAUCGAUGAGAUCCUCAAGCGCUACCCCCCGCAGUACAAGAAGGCCGCCGUCAUGCCCCUUCUCGAUCUGGGCCAGCGCCAGCAUGGUUACACUAGUAUCAGCGUCAUGAAUGAGGUUGCACGGUUGUUGGAGAUGCCUCCGAUGCGCGUCUACGAGGUUGCCACUUUCUAUACCAUGUACAACCGCGAACCAGUGGGCAAGUAUUUUGUUCAGGUUUGCACUACGACCCCUUGCCAACUCGGUGGCUGCGGUAGCGACAAGAUCGUCAAGGCCAUCACAGAACACCUGGGUAUCACCCCCGGCCACACGACCAAGGACAACCUCUUCACCUUCAUCGAAGUCGAAUGCCUGGGUGCCUGCGUCAAUGCCCCCAUGGUCCAGAUCAAUGAUGACUACUACGAAGACCUGACCCCCGAGUCCGUCAAAUCCCUCCUCACCGCCCUCAAGGAAGCUGCCACUGCCACCGAUGCCAGUCAGCCCGUCAAGGUUCCUGCUCCGGGUCCAUUGAGCGGAAGACACAGCUGCGAGAACAGCGCCGGUUUAACGAGCCUGAAGGAACCCGUGUGGGAUCCCGAGACGAUGAUGAGAAAGGACGGUGCUUUGGACCAGCAAUAGAGAUCAGGAUCCCAGCGGGGGCUGAUUUAUUUGAUUUGUUUUCCUCAUUUAAUUCAAUUGGUUCGGGUCAUGGGGGAAUGCCCUUUUUUCACUUUUAAACAAGACGGUCAUUGCUGGUGUUGGAUUCAUACGGGUUCUGACCAGCAGAGCGGAUGAUUCGUUUCAUUUAUUGCCGCAGACAUCCAUGUCGACGAGAAGCAGACCACCAAAUCUACCUGUACAGUACCCCGUCGUUUUCGAGUCUUUUGCCUUUGCCGGCGGAAGGAUUAUGGAAAUGGAAUGUUUCUUUUAUGCAGCAGUACAGUACCAAUAUAAGGGUUCCUUUUGCAUAUCCCCUUGCCUCAAAUCAAGGAUUUCAUUGAUUCAUUAUUACUUCUAUAUUCGGAGCUGACUACUGGGGAAUAGGGCUAGUAUAGAGCUAGAGCUGUACUUUAUCUACAGAAAGGAAACCAUAGAUUCUAGGAGAACAUAUAUGUACCCAUAUACGUGUACAUGUCAAGUGCUGUUAUUUUGCUUAAUGUUCUCAGGAUUUGCUUCACACAACACAUCAGUUCAGUUCAAUUCUGCCUUG